UUUACAUUUAUUGGCACACGUUCUUCCUCUCCUGAGAAUAAUAAAACUUAAAUCAACUAUAACAAAUUUACACAAUGUAGUAAAGGUAUGUAUAUAUCACACUCCUAAUACAACGUAAGACACUUCACGAUAAUGUAGAAUUUAUCAAAAAUAUAUUAAAAUUGGAAAAAAAUGCAUUUAUAACCUAUAAGAAUUAGCGGAAGAUAGUAAUACGAUUUUAAUUUAAAAACUUGCAGAUUUUUACAUUGUCAUUUAUCUGGCAUCGAUCAAUUCAUCAUUUAGUAUUGUUUGCGGUGUCGAUGCAUUGGUCCAGCUGCUUCCUUUACACUCCUGUUGUAUUUACAUAUUAUUGGACUGGGAGUGUUCCAAAAGGAUAUAGUACAUUUUUGAAAUCGACUGAUACAGAUGCAGAUGGCGACAUAACUAAGUUUUCUAUUUGCCAAAGAUACCUACAAGCAUUGUUUGUUUGUCUGUCCACCUUUUUUGGUACAGGGUUUUCUACGUACAAAGUUAACAAUGCCGACGAAUUUGUCAUUCAUUCAUGCAUUAUACUCUAUGCCUCAAUGUUUAUGGUAUAUACAAUUGUAUUCCUGUUGAAGAUUUACAUGACUUUAUAUAAUUCAACGAUGCGUUACAACGGUCUGAUUAAUCAAGUAGAGGCAUACAUGCAGCAAAAACAAUUCCCUAAACCUUUGAAGAAGCGAGUAUUCACUUUUUAUACUUACAAAUACGAAAACAAAUACUACAAAGAAGAUGCCGUAUUAGAUUGUAUCUCGGAGCAGCUUCGACAUGAAAUCGUAAUGCACACCUGCAAUAGAUUUAUCCAGAAGGUUAAGCUGCUGAGGGAUCUGCCCGGCCACCUGAUGGGCGAACUGAUGAAUUACUUGAAACCCGAGGAGUACCUCGCCAACGACCUCAUCGCUCGGGCGGGCGACAUUGGAGAUUGUGUUUAUUUUAUUGCCUAUGGCACUGUUGCUGUUUAUUCCUUGAAGGGAGCUGAGAUAACACAUUUAGAGGAUGGCGAUCACUUUGGCACGGUUGCAUUGCUGAUGAAGGACUCCAAACGGAUCGCAACAGUUGUCGCCGUUGAGAUCACUCACUUAUAUCGAUUGGACGCUAUUUACUUCCGCCAGUACCUAAUGUCCAAUAAGAUCAUCCGGGAAAGAGUUGAGACUCUGGCUUCAAAGAGAAUGCAUGUGACAGUUUUGCUAGAUGAAGAGUUCCGUAAAAAACAAGAUAAAAAAUGGGAAGAUAAUAUUGUGUUAAGUAGUCAUGAUUUCAAUAAUUAGCUUUAUAGAAAACAGCAUUUAUCAAGGAUUUUUAAGGGCAUCAUCAAGUUCCCCAAGGAUUUUGUUAGU